UCCUCGCUCUACCGUGAAUUGUCGGGGGAGAUGCUUGCCACAUUGGGACGUUCGGCCGGUCGUGCCCACCGAACUCAGUUCAAGUUCACCACCUGGAGCUCUGGUGAAUCUGGUGCCGGGGAGGAAGGUCAAUGGGCGACAAAAGACGAUCGGAGGCGCACCCAAUGUUACCCCCGAGAGGAGCGACUUAUUCAAUGA